UCGGGAUCCACUAGUCCAGACUUCUUACCCCUCGCCUCAGGGCGGGCUCUCUAGUCACCUGUCUCUGGGUAGAUCUGCCCCACGCAGGUUAGCGUCCGGGUGCCAAGCCUCACCAAGAGGUCUCUGGCGCCCCCUGGCGCCCCCUGGCGGGCAUGGCGAAGGGGCGGGGCUAUAGGGUGAGCGCAGCUGGCUGUCCCAGGUCGGAAACCAGUGCCCCAGGCAGCGAGGAGCGCGGCGCGGUGAUGCUUCGGACGGGAGCACCAACUGGGGACUUUCCCCGAGCCGGAGAAGUCCACACUGGGACAACCAUCAUGGCAGUAGAGUUUGAUGGGGGUGUUGUGGUGGGUUCUGAUUCCCGGGUGUCUGCAGGAGAAGCAGUGGUGAAUCGAGUAUUUGACAAGCUGUCCCCCCUACACCAUCGCAUCUACUGUGCCCUCUCUGGUUCAGCUGCUGAUGCCCAGGCCGUGGCGGACAUGGCUGCCUACCAACUGGAGCUCCAUGGGAUGGAACUGGAAGAACCUCCACUUGUUCUGGCUGCUGCAAACGUGGUGAGGAAUAUCAGCUAUAAAUACCGGGAGGACCUGUCUGCACAUCUGAUGGUAGCUGGUUGGGACCAGCGCGAAGGGGGCCAGGUAUAUGGAACCCUGGGAGGAAUGCUGACUCGACAACCUUUUGCCAUUGGUGGCUCUGGCAGCACCUAUAUCUAUGGUUAUGUGGAUGCAGCGUAUAAACCAGGCAUGUCCCCUGAGGAGUGCAGGCGCUUCACCACGGAUGCUUUGCCUGAAGUCAGGCCUCAGGUGGACGAGAGAGUGUAAGGGAGCCUCCCCAACAAGAUGCUUGAGAAGCGGAUUCCCUUGUUCUUGACAUGAACCCUCAUGAGCACAGGGCAACUGCUGAGCUGCACAUGCCUGUGCCAUGCCUUUUUAAAAUUAGAAGGCUGUCAUUUUUUUUAUUGGCCAAAGAAUUGUAUCCUGUGCCCCUCAUUCCAGAAAGAACUUGUAGCAGCUUAUAGGGACAGAUGAAAUUUAAAAAGAAGAAGGAGGAGAAGAAACUGGGGCAAAGAGAAAAAUAAGUGAAGCCAAGGGGCAAAGCUAAUAUACAACACGAAUAUCUUUUUUUAAAAAUGGCGUGCUGGAUCUGUCUUAUACUGACUAACCAGGGCAGAUUGUAAAGUAUUCAGGAAUUUUGAAAGGCAGCUGUUAACCAUUGGCAGCUUGAUAUUGACCAUCGUAGAAGUAUUUAUGCCACAGAAAUCAGUAAUGCUACAAGUCAGAGCUUUUCUUUCUUCCCCAGAGAGCCAACUUAACAGGAAACAUACUUAUCUGUCGACUAUCACUGGGUAAAAAAAAAAACAAACAAAAAAAAAACCUGGCUCUGAGCUAAAGGGUAGUGAAAGCAAAGGCAGAAAUGAAAUUAACUAUAAGAUUCAAAUGGUUUAUUAAGAAAAAAAGCCAUCCAAAAAAAACUUACAAAAUUUUUCAAGCCACAGAACAUUUACCUAGAAAACACACUAUGCCAUAAAGAAAACUCCAAUAAAUUCCAAAGUAUUAGAAUCUUUGAAACUAUCCAUAUUCUGUGGCCAGACUGUAACAAAAUUAGAACUAGAUGACAAAAAGAUACCUAAAUUUUUCAUGCUUUGCAAAUGAAGAAAAUAUUGAUAAAUAACAUGGAUUUAAAAGGCAGUCAUAAAUGAAAUUAAUUCAUUUAGAACCAGGUGGUUAAAAUGUUGCAUAUCACAUUUUCAUAAACAUAAUUAGAACAGUACUUAAAAAGAAUUUUGUAGCUUCAGAUACAUUUAUUAGAACAAGAAAUUUAAAAAUAACUUAAAAAUUCUCCUGAAAAAUCUGGAAAAAGGCAAUUGAGCAUACCUAAGAAACAAGAAGGAAGGAAAUUAUAAAGAUAAAAAUAUAAAACUAUUUAAUAGAAAACAAAUCUAUGUAGUAAAGAUUCACAAAACCAAAAGCUGCUUCUUAAAAAUAUAUAUUUAUAACAUAUUCAGACUUAGAACCAGACUGACCCUGAAUAAAGGGGAGAAAGAAAUCAAUAAACAAAAUAAAACAAACAAAACAAAACAAAAAAAGAAUGAAAAGAAGGGAAUAGCUACAAAUAUAACAGAGAUAUGAAACAUAAUAAAGGGUUUAUGAACAAGUAUAUGCUAAUAAUUUGAAAACCUCUGUGAGAUAGAUAAGUUCCCAGAAAAUUUUAGCCUACCAAAAUUAGCAAGAAGAAAUACAAAAUUUGACUAUGCCAAUAAAUAUUGAAGAAAUGAACAAAUUUGCAAAGGCCUCUAAUAAAAAUAAUAUUUUUGUAAAAAAAUGCCCAGAUGGUUUCACAGAUGAGUUACACUAAACAUUCAAGGAAUAUGCAACUCCUAUGCUAUGGUAUUUGUUUGUUUGCUUGUUUGUUUGUUUGUUUUCAGAAAAUAGGAAAAAGAUUAAAAGCUACUGAGCUAAUUUUAUCAGGCUAGUAUAAUCUUGAUUCCAAAAUGAGGUAUGGAAAAUUCAAGGAAAGAAAAUAAUAUGCUCAUUUCACUUUGAACAUAUGUGGGGAAAAUAAAUAAUUAUUUAUGAGUUGAAUUCAACAGUAUUAAAAAUAAUAAUAUAUCAAGAUCAAAUGGAAAAUCCUUAGAAUGCAAGAAUGCUUCAAUAUAAUCAAAUAUAUUACUGCUAUUCACCAUAUUCAUUGACUCAAAGGAAAAACCAUCUGCUUUUCUCAAUCAAUAAAGGCAUUUUAUAAAGUUAAA